AUGUCCUGUUUGAGUGACUUUGAUGAUUCAUUCCAAGUGCCUGCAUUUUAUUCAGCCUAUGUUGGCAAUUUUCAAUCACCUAUCGAUAUUAAGUGUGAAGAAAUGGUUACUCGACAAUUUCCACCAUUCAAAUUUUCUUCUGCUCACCUAUAUGACAUAAUGUUUACAUUAAAAAACGAUGGUCAUGGAGUUAAGGCAGUACUGCCAAAAGCUUAUACAAGUCAAUAUCAAACGGAUUUAUCAGUUACUGGUGGUGGUCUAAUUGGUAAAUUUAACUUUGACAAUUUUCAUUUACAUUGGGGUACAAAUUACAGAGAUGGAUCUGAACAUACAAUCAAUGGACAAUCAUUUGCAGCUGAAGCACAUCUUGUCUAUAAGAAUCUUGAAACUCAAGAAAUCGCUGUAUUCGCACUCUUUUUCCAUAUUGUUCAUUCAGUUUACGAGGAAAAUAGUGAAUGGAAGAAAUAUACGCAUCUGGGAAGCUCAUUAACAGAAGGUAAUGCAAUGAAUUGCACUUUCAAUCUAAGUCAAUUGACGCAAAUCAAGAGUAGAAAUUUUGUUCGCUAUAUGGGUAGUUUGACAACACCACCUUACACUGAAGGCAUUAUAUGGACAGUCUUUCUUGAUGCGAUUCCAAUACUCGACACAAACUUAAACCUUCUUCGCUAUAAUGUGAUGAGAAAAACUGAUCGAGAAGUUCAACCAAUAAAUGGUCGGAUUAUUUACGUAAAUUAUGAUAAUGAACCGAGAAGUUACAUGAAUGACUAA